CGUCUAAUUUCAACAAGUAGACUGCAACUCCAGGAAGCUCCAGCAGCAGAGAUAGAGGAGAUCAAGCCAUUCUCUGCAGCAAGGUGUCGUGUUUAUAAUCGAUUGCGUGAUAAGGGAGCAGGAGAAUCUGCCAUUGCCCACCACGUGAGGGGACCUUGUCACCAUUCUUCAAGUUCAAUACGAAGUUUGAACAUUAUUAAAGAAGUCAAGGGAUCCAAAACAUUUUCUACCUUUAGGGAGCGGCUUCGUGAUUUACAGAGAACAGAAAAUGAUCGUGUUUGCUUUGGUAGAUCUGGGAUACAUAGAUGGGGUCUGUUUGCUCGUAGAAAUAUACCAGAAGGAGAGAUGGUUCUUGAGUAUCGUGGUGAGCAGAUCAGACGAAGUGUUGCAGAUUUAAGGGAGGCACGGUAUCGUGUUGAGGGAAAAGAUUGCUAUUUAUUUAAGAUUAGUGAAGAAGUUGUGGUGGACGCCACUGAUAAGGGGAACAUUGCACGUUUAAUUAACCAUUCAUGCAUGCCAAACUGUUAUGCAAGGAUCAUGAGUGUAGGGGCUGAUGAGAGUCGGGUUGUACUUAUCGCAAAGACAAAUGUGUCUGCUGGUGAUGAAUUAACGUAUGACUACUUGUUUGAUCCAGACGAAUGUGAAGAAUUCAAAGUUCCUUGCCUGUGUAAAGCUCCAAACUGCCGAAAGUUCAUGAAUUAGGUUUACACUUACCACAAAUUUUUUUCCUCCACAAGGAGAUCUAACCAUUACACCCUCUCACAGCUUGCUAAUUUUAGUGAUUCUAGAGGAAUAUGUAAUUUUUAGUCUUACGUUUCUUCCUUCCUAGUAGGGGGCUCCGUAGAUGGUUUGGGUCAAUAAUAUAGCUAUUACUUGACGAAAGUUGGGUCUGAGUUAUUAUGUAUAGAUUCAGAGAAGGCAGAUCAUUUUCUUCUAUUCUGCCGCUACAGAAAUGUAAACUUCACUUCUCUCUAUUUUUUUGGGAGAUCAACAAAAAUGAAAAAAAAGGGAUGCAAGCAACUCCUCUUUUAUUUUCUCCUCA